AUGCCUGGCCCUUACAUUCCAAAUGCAGAUAAAAACGAGAAGUGGAAACCCGAUAUCGCAAUGUACAAGGUGGUGUGCUGCCUCUUUGUUCAUCAAGCUCGCGAGACCGACAAAGUUUACACUGCUAAGGACUUCGUGAAUGCUGAGAUUGAGCUUCUGGGGACGAUAAACUUUGAGAUUGAGACAGGAAGGUCAUGUCCUUCAGCCCUGGAGGACCUGCUGAGAGAGCUCAGGCGAGUUUCUCGUGUUGGUGACUUCAUCAAACUAAGUACGUGCUUCACUAUUUACACCUUGAUGCACUCUGAUUCCAAAUUACGCCAACAUCUGUCUCGAGCAGCACUGCCUGCCUCCAUCAUUGUUGUUGCCUACCUUAUUUCCGUACCCAAAAAGCAAGCAUUGUUCCCGGUGCUCCAAUGGGUUUGUGCAAUGAACAAUCAGGACCAGGACGAGAUUCACGGCUUCACAAGACUUAUUCUGCAAGCCAUUCUUGAAUAA